GCCAUGGGAUCCGGGAUGAAAUUUGAUCAUUCAGUGCUUCGAAUUGGCAUUGGAUGUGUGUACUGCCGUAGACUACACAACUCUGAAAAGGCUCGUGGAACCUCCAACUCCAAGACCCAACAUCGUUAGUCCUCUACAAAUGUUGGUUUUGGUUCUUGUUUAAGUGUAGAAUUUGAUCUCGUCUACUUGAGGACAUCUCUGAUUGUGACAUUGGUCUUGAAACAAGAGUGCCUUAGCACCCUGCCGAAAACUGAAAAUUGAAUUGAUUUGAGUGAGAGUCUGGAGAUCAUGAAGUCUCAUCUUCAUUCAUGGACACCGUUGUUGUAUAUCGAGUUCUAGAUUCUUCAUCUUGAUUGAAAAAUGUCGACUAGUGUAGAAUCAAAUUCGAUCAUUUCAAAGUUUGAGGUGAACUCCAACACAAGGAUUGAUGAUGAGAAUGAACUGGGUGACAGGGCGGAGCCCGACGGGAAAGUGGUGGAUGGAGUAAAAUGUAAUUCCGUGAUUUGCGAGGUUGAGAAUGAGAUGCUGUCGGAGCUAAACGAAGCAGAAGAAAGAAAGCACAGAUCAGGGGAGGGAAAACAUAACAAUGUGAGCGCGGAAGAAAGUGUCUCUGGAUCUCAAGUUCAUGUGAAUGGAGGAGAAACUCUAAACUCAAUGGACCCGAAAAUGAACGCUGCCGAAAUUAGUGUCGUAGUGAACGGGGAAGGAACACCCGACGAGGCUUGCCCCUCACCGGCGGGUGGUUGUGAUUCUCCCGCAGGCGUGGAUUCUCUCAGGAAUGAUAACAAGGUCUCAUCUGAAUCGCCCAUUUCGCAGGAACAUCAUGAUGGCCAAGAUGAAGAAACAGACAGCAUUGAUUCGGGUAAAUCACCUAAGAAGAAGAAGGGAUUUCUCUCAGGUGGUUUACACAUUCACAUGCCAAAGUUCAGCAGCCGUUUGUCAUUCGGUAGUGAUGUGAGUGCCACAAGUACGGGCAGUGAUCCUGAUGUUUCACCAGAGAAAAAGAAAAAGAAAAAGGAUAAGAAAAACAGGAAGAAGCAAACUAUCAAAACCAAUGAUCUGGGUGAUCAAGGUAAUGCUACUCCCAGUGAAUACAGUGAAAGUAUUGCAAGUGAUAGAAUAGGCCUAGAUCAACUUGAUGGAACAGUUUCUAUGAAUGAUACAGGACUUGAUAGUCAGUUGGAAACCCAAGAAGAAUUGGCCUCUGGUUGUGGUGAUGAUCUUGUAUCUUCAAAUGCAAAAGAGGCUGGAGAUACUGUAGAUCCUACUUCUGAUGCAGUGGAAAUACCAAGUCCAGAACCAGUACCGAACACUGACACAACAGAGCCAGAUAAGACUGAAGAGAUGGAGGUGAAGGUGGAUGUGACACCUAAGGAACCAGAGUCAACUACCACAGCAGACACUGAACCUGAAAAUAAAACUGAAAUUUCAUUGGACCAAAGCUCCAUGCCAAGUCAAUCAGAGGAAGUCUCUAAUGCACCCUCAAGUGCAGAUGCUCUACCCACCAGUGAGGCAACGGAUCAAUCAGCAGCAGACCAAGAUACCCCUACACAGGCAGUGGAAGAAUCCAAACCAGAAGAUCCUCCUAAAGAACAAGUGGAGCUGUCCAUUGCUAGCCCGGGGGAUUCAUCAUCCCCUAAGGAGGGUGAUGAGGAAACAGGAGAGGAGAAAAAAGCAUCCACCUCUUCAGGGGAUGAAGGAGAGGAGGAAGAUGAAGGGGAAGUAGAAGAGGGCAAGCAAAAGAAGAAAAAGAAGAGGAAAGGCAUUCUCAAUAUCCAUUUUCCACACUUUGGAGCGAAAAAAGGAAAUACCGGAGAGAAAUCAUCUGAUCAAUCUUCAGAUUCUGAUCGUGCCCUAUCACCAAAGAGGUUUGGAUGGAAGAAAAGGAAGGAUGCUAGAUCACCUGACAGGAAAGGGGAUAAGGAAGAAGAACCUCGGGUUGAAGAACAAGAGAAUCCAGCAGAAGCUACAGCAGAAGCAACAACAGCCAUUGAGGAACCAAAGCAGCAGGAAGGAGAAACACAAUCAGUAGGUGUUACUGCUUCACGAGAUGUGGCCAUCGAAGGUCCAGAUGUUGCUGUAUCCUCACCAGAGACCAGUGCGACCAUGCAAGGGUCUGCUGAUGUGGAUAUUAGACCUGAAGAGAAGGUCCUUGUAGACUGUGCAGAGCUGGUGAAGGAUGAAGAAGGUAACCGAGAAUUUGAGAGCACAGGGGAGGAUUUUACUACCACUGAUGCACUCUUGGAGCAGAUAGCUGAGACAAUCACUUCAAUUGAAAAAGCACAAAACCUCAGAGCUUCACAGGCGAUGGAUGUGAAUGUCUUAGCCGACACUGCACCAGAGGGCAAGGAGGAGGAAGAUGGAUCCGGACUAGAUCUCCAGGCUGAUAUCCCAAGUCAAGUGGAUGAACAGGGCAUCAAUAUACCAUCAGCUCAGAUAACCCUAGCAGUACCAACAGAGAGUACUCUCCUUGAAGUGUCAGAGGAAGAUAGAUCAGAUGUCCAGCCCGUAGAGGUAGACGAGACUAAAAAAGAAGCAAAGGAAGAAGCCAAAGAAGACACAACAGAAAAGGAUGGCGAAAAAGGUGCUACUGAUGGAGAGGAAACUCAGGAAGUUGAAAGUGUGUCAUCACCAGGAAAGAGCCCAAGGUUCAAGCUUCAUCUGCCUAAGUUUCAUCUCCCUAAGAUGCACCUGAGUGGCAAGAAAGACAAAAAGAAACAGGAGAUUGCACAAGAAGAGGAGGUCAAGGAUGUCCCUUCCCAGGCUGAUACACCAGUUCUGGAGCGACUUGAUGGAGAUGGAGCCGAGAAUACAGAUGGACUGGAUGUUGAUGUUGGAACUGAUGGAGCUGUCAUUGCUGAUGUGGGCGUCACUGCUGAUGUAGGUGUCACUGCCAAUGUUGGAGCUACUGUCCUUGAUAAGGUUGCAGUCAGUGCUGAUGGACUUGAUGACCCAGAUUGUGUGGUUCAAGAAAAAGAAAUUGCUGAUGAGAAAAUGAAUGAUGUAGCAGGUAGUGCUGAAGGAGAAGUCUCUGUUGGGAUUGAUGCCCUAAAUAUUGUUACAGAAGUUGACGAAACCAAUCAACCUAUACGUGAUGCUGUCAUAGAGGCAGAAAUACCCAGUGCUGAAGUUGAUAGAGGGGUGCAUGUAUCAGCUGUGUUACCAUCUUUAGAUGCUGAUGUUGAUACCUCUGGUCUGUCAGAAGCUGUCACAGUGAACAGCCCUUCUGUUGACACAAAUACUGCUAUAGAUGAGCCAGAGAAGCAGGAGGUUGUGGUGGUGAUGAAUGAGGGAACAUCAGAAGAAGAUGAUGGGUUGGAAGAUAAGAAAGAAGAUACCUCUGUGGUGCAAAGUGAUGCUAAGAUUACAACACCUAAGAAAGGACGUUUCAAGUUACCCUCCAUAAAUUUCCACAUGCCCAAAUUUGGAGGAAGCAAAAAAUCUUACAGGGUGGAUGCAGAUGUUAAAGCAAGUUCUGAGAAUAGAAUUGAUGAAGGAAAGGACAAAGUGAUCGAACCAGAUAUGCAAAAAGAAGGUGGAAAUGUUCCAGAGGUUGAAGGAAAUGAAUCGCUUCACGUUGAAGGUGAUUUGCUGACUAAGGUGGAUGCAGAGAUAAAUGCUGGUAGUGGAGACAUAUCAAUAGAUCCAGAGGUACCAAACGCAGAAAUUCCAGAAUGCAAAAUAGAAGCGCAAGAAUGUAGCAAGGUGGUGCUUGAUGCAGGAGUUCUUCAUGUUGGUGAGGUAGCAGCUGUAGCUGUUUCUACAGAUGCGGAUUGUCCAAAAGCAUCUAUAAAUACUGACAUUGAUACCUGUAAUACAUGUGUUGAUACGCCGUCAUUGAUUCCUGAAGUUAGCAAUGAUGCAACAGUAAACAUUGAUAAAACAGUCCCAGAAGUUGCAACUAAUACAGUAAAUAUUGAGAAAAUAGUCCCAGAAGUUGCAGCUAAUGUUGAAAUUCCUUGUGAAAGUGAAGAAAUAUCAGUGCAAGAGCAAGGCAUCUCUGCUAAUGUAGAUAUUCCAGAGAUUAAAGCUCGAGUGGAAGGUCCUAGUGUGUCUGUUACGGUUGAAGAACCACCUUCACCUGCUCUUGAUCAGGAUGCCAGCAUCAAAGCUAAAAAGAAAGGACUAUCCCUUCCUACAAUGCAUUUUCGUCCAAAAUUCACAGGAAAGAAGUGGACCAGACACCCACGAUUUAGAUCAAAAGCCAAGGAUAGUAAAUCUUUAAGUGCUAGUGGUAAAGUCACAACAAGCCUACCUAAUGUUGCAACAGCUACAUCUUCGGAAUCACCUCUGUCAGGGGAAGAGAUGAGGGCUAGAAGGGCAUCUGAUGUCAUUGAUCCCAAAGUUGCUGCAGACAUUGCAACAGAGCAUGAAAUAAGUGCUGCCGGAGACAUCGAUGAAACUCCUGGGAAAUCAAAGAGAAGCAGAUUCCACUUCCCAAGCCUCCAUUUCUCUCUGCCAAGAUUCUCCUCACUGUUGUCACCUAAUAGACCCAGAAAGAAUGAGGAAAUGGAAGAGCCAGAGAUGACUGAGCUCAAAGCAGACAUAGAAGUUGUGGACAUCACUGCAGAAGCAGACAUUCCUAAGACUAAUUUGGAUGUUGUUAUGCCCGAGGUCUCAGGAAUGGCAGAGUCUUCCCCCGAGGUAGAUGUUGAAGGAGCAGUUGGUGGGGUUGAAGUAUCUGGAAUUUCAGAAGCAGAGCCAACAGAUGUAGAUAGGGCUACAAGCCCACUUUCACUGGCAAUUGAAGAUUCUUCAUCUGAAAUAAAACUUGAUACUAACCCAGUGAGUGUAGAAGGAGAGUUGCCAGUCAUCUGUGAAAAAGUUUCUACAGAUAUUGAAAGAGAAUGUACUUUGGAGCAGCCAGAAAAACCAGAUGUUAGAUUGAAUAUCCCAGACGCUAAUAGUCCUAAUGUUGAAGGUGCAUUUUGUACAGAUGCUAGUGUUCCAGACAUUGAAGUAAGAGGAAACGCAUUAUCCUCUGAAGAUGUUCCUGUUGAAUCACCAGAGGCAAAUGUCCAAGAUGCAAACAAUAUCAGUGGAGAAAAGAAAACCAAGAAAAGAAAUUUUUUGCCCAAUAUGCAUCUUCCAAAGCUUAACAUAAAAGGAACACCAAUCAAGUUUCGAUCAAAGGGAAAGAAAGGAACCUUAGAGACUACAGACAUUGAGGGUGAUGUUAAAGUUGGAGGAGAUGUUAACGUUGCAAGCGUUGACACCCCAACUUCCCAAGACCUGAGCAUGGUUGUCAAUACAUCUGGAGAACCUAGUGUGGCAGGAGACAGCAAAGAUGUAGAUAUUGAAGCCAAAGACAACCAGAACAUUUCUGGUGAAAUUGAAAUCCCUCAGGUUAGUGUUGGUGCUGACGUAGAUACUGUGGUGAAGAAGUCUGAAGUUGAUGUCAAAUCACCAAGUAUUGAAGCUGAUGCAUUAGUGGGUAAUGUGCCAGAUAUCAAUGUUGAUCUUCCUAAAAUGGAAGGCAAAGAAGAAGAGAAGACAUCAGUACCUGAUGUAGAUGUAUCAGCAGAUUUAUUACCAGCAGCAGGAACUGUAGUCAUUGCUUAUGACACAAUAGUCGAGUCAGAUGUUGUGGUUGAAGCAACCAAAGACAGUAAUAAUGAUGGAAAAGGUAAAUUGGAAAUUGAAUCAGAUGUCCCAACACCGGAUGUGGAAGUCAGCUCUGGGGCUACAAAUCAUGUACUUGAUCUUGCAUUAGGUGGUGCAGAUCAGGAGUUGAAAGUUGAUGGAAACAUUGCUGAUCUCAACAUCUCAUCAUCAGACAAUGAGGACAGUGAUACAAAAGAAAAACGAAAGAAGAAAAAGAAAAAGAGGAAGGGACUUCAUAUGCCUUCUAUUAAUUUGCCAAAAUUUCAUCUCAGGCCUGAGAAGAAGCAACCUGCAAGUGUAGAUGCUAGGCUUCCUGAUGUAGUUGUGCCUAAUGGUCAAGUAGAUGGAUCAGCCAAACUAGAGGCAAUCACACCAGAGGUUAUUUUAUCAGAAACUGAACUUUCAGAAAAAGCAGAAGUGAAUGUUGAGGGCAAGGCUGAUGCAGAAAAUGAAGUUGAAAUGAAGCGAGAUCCUCCUUCUGCUUUAGAGGCUGCAUUAGUUGUAGCAGGUGUAGCAAUGGAAGUGGGUCGUCCAGAAGCUGAAGUUGAAGUUCAAUUGCCAUCCACCAAGGAAGAACCAAAAUUAAUUCUGGCUGCUGAUCUGAAUGCAGAUCUUCCUGAAUCUGUGGAAGGCACGGUUGAUACAACUGCCAUUACAGAGAAUGCUAGGGUAGAGAUAGAUGCAGCUCCAAAAGUUGAUCAAGUUGUGGAAGAAGUUGUUCCUUCAGUCAAGCAGGCGGUCACAGAGACAUUGCCAGACAUGGCAAUGUCCGAGGAUGCUCCAUGCAAAGAUGUCACAAUAGAAACUGUAACUGAAACUUCAGAGUUAGUGUCCCCACAAGUUGAAGUCGACGAUAGCGGUCUAGAUGCUGAGGUUUCUUUAGACGACUCAUCUACCUCCAAACCAGCCAAGUCAAAAAAGGUUAGAAUGCCGAAAAUCAAUUUUCCCAAAAUGAACUUUAAAUUGUCUCCUAACAAAUCUGAAAUGCCAAGUCAAACUGCACCAGAAGAUACAGAAAAGGAAAAUGACAAUUCUUUGACUCCUGCUGAAAUUGAAAAAAUAGAGGAAUCCCUUCCAUCAGGUCAAGCACAGGUUACUGUACCAACUGUAGAAGUCAAUGGGGUCAGUACAGAGGUAGCCAUUGAUGAGGCCCCUUCUGCCAAGAAAGGAAAAUACAGGAAGAGGAUAGGGGGUAAGCUCAAGAAAAUCAGAGGGAAGAGCAAAGGAAAGGUGUCUGUAUCGGAAAACAUCAAAGGAGAAGGAUUAACUGCUGGGGUGUCAGUAGAAGCUAACAGUGAUCCAAAUACAAAUGGGAAGAUAGGACCUAUCCCUGGUGAUGAGGAAGAUCUGGAUUGUGGCUUAUGCAGUACACAGGAUGCAGAUGUUGGAGCUGAUACUACUCUCGACACUGGUAAGUUUCGAUAUGUAAUUCGCUACACUUUCAAUCACAUUUUUUUUUUAGUGCUAUAAUUUGACAGCUUACAC